CGGCAAAAGUCUACCAAAAAGUUUUGACCAUAAAAAAAUUUGUUACAUGUUAACUAUUCCAUUCGUUAUUGUCAACUUGCGAAGACUACACCUUGCCUGACUUGGCUCUACGGCUGAGAUGGACGUCAUACUUGUGAAGACUUUGCUCCUCCUUCUAAUAUUUGGACUUGUAGAGUCUAACGUGGUGGAAGGGGACCCACACCAGAAGAAAAACAAAAACGGUGAGAUACAAGACUCUCUUUAUUUUUCAGAGACUGCAAGAACUUCGAAACUAAUAUAAAUAUAAUAAGGACCUUUCUAAAAUAACAUUUUCUUCAUAUCUUUAGGUACAAGGGACGGUCGGUUUCUCAUUGAGAACAGCUUAAGGGCACACGAUAUGCCAGGAUUCCGUCGGGUUAAAGGUUCUUCUGGAAAAACAAAAAAAAGUGAUUGCCAGAACACUCAUUUCAAGUGGUUCUUUCCCAGUUUGACACCGCCAAAGGGUUUACGUGGGUACCGAAAAAAUAUAGUCCUCAUUUGCCAACAGAAAAGCAGAUACAACUUCAACCAGAAGGCAGACACCUACUACUCAACGCUUUUCGACCAAGGUUUGGGAAUUCCAGUAUAUUCAGCCUACGCACUCAAAUCGACAGACACGAAAUAUGAACGGAGACCUCGCCCAACAUGGCAAGAAAACAAAGGUAUAGUGAAAAAUAAUUAAUAAACACCAAAUGAGGGGGGAGGGCUCCAUUCAACUCCCUACCCGUGUACCACGACUGGUUCUCUAUUAGCUUGCUCCCUACAGGGUGAAUUAAAGGAAGCAAUGCAACAAGUCAGUGGCAAAUUAACAUCACUAGCUUAUAUAUUGUGGUCACAGAUUAUGACCACUUCUCAUUGUCUGUACGCGCCUAAUUAACUUCACCUAUUAUACGAAAACAAACGUAUCGAUACAGAACAAAGUGAAACGAGGCGAGGCAAUGCAAAGCGGUUAACAAGCGAUUGCGACUAAAACACGCCACUACUACACUAUGGAUUAAAAGGCGCAGAACUAAACCUGAACUAAUUUGCGUAAACUUGAGUAAAAACCAUUCAAAAACAAAAUUCACCAAUUAUCAUUUGCGGUUCUUGGUGAUGAGGAUGGUUACGUUGAUGUCUCACCGUUAAUCUCAGCAAUAACUUAUUAUCGUUAAUCAAUCUCGAGCUAUUAUUAUUACUUCCCUUUGCUCUGUGUCUUCUUCUGGAGUAUUGCUAUUCUCAUGUAAAUGCUAGCUAUCUGUGAACGUGUAUAUAUACCUGUUUAUUUGAUUUUAUCUUAUUUAUCUAUUUUACCUAAUUUACCAUUGAUCCAUUUUGCAACAUUUGAUUGUAAGAAACACAAACCGCUUUGUUAUAUUCGGGUGGUGUAUUUCUCUAAUUUGCUAAAUUUAACAACUAAACGAUGGUGAUGACUAACAAAAAUUAACCGACCAAACCAAAAUAUGUAAAAUAGGACCUAAAAUGUGAAAAAAGAGAAACCCAAGAGAUAAGACUAAUUAGCAAAAGCUACUAGAACGCGAAAACUAAACCAAACAAAACACCAAAAGCACGAACAAAUACGAUUUCGUGAUCCUGGGUUUUAAUCUCAUAUCGUUUUUUCCAUACUGAAAACUAGUUUCGCCACAGGACUCUCAGGCAAUCUCGUCUUAUCUCACAUAAAAUAACCACAUGCACAAUGAGUGCAUUAUAUUUCCACUACAAGAGAAAACUUUCCCUAAUAGAAAGCCAAUAAUCAGCAAUGAAUCAAGCCUUAAAUAAUCUGGAAUUGUAGAUCUUGAAUUUGACGAAAAUGGCGUGAUGGUGACGAUAAUGAUGAUGGCAAAUGAUUGAUUUGAAGCAAACACCAUUAGUAACUUACAGAAACUGAACGCAACUAGAAUAUAACGAAAAUUUGAUUCCUGUGAUUUGCUGAGCUUUACCAAAAGCAAACGAUUUUCACAAAGGUGAGGUUAACGGACAAAGGGGAUGAAAAGGAUGAUGAAACAAAGAAGUUUCCAUCAUGAAUUUAUUCAACCUCGUUUAAUAUUAUAGUAAAUAGAGGACAUUAAAUCAACCACCUUUUUCUUUUUAUUUUAAAGGUAUCAGGAACCAAGUUGGAAAAGACACAUACCCACAGGCACCUUGGCAAAGAGGUCACUUAGCCCCAGCGCACACUUUAUCAAGUGACAGAUGGGCCUUUCGUUCUACUUUUAGAUACACCAACGCCGUGCCACAGCAUCCAUCUUUUAAUGCUGGUGAAUGGUCCAAGUUUGAGAGAAGAAUACGAAAGUAUGCAGAAGUGUGCACUAAAGAUGGCAAAGGAGUGCUCUAUCUUCUAAGUGGCACCGCAUUUGUUUCUGUUUAUAGUCCGGUCAGGAUAGAUACAAAGGGAAAGUUGGAAGGUGUAAGGAAAGAGAAAGAGAUUGAUAUAGAAAAGCGGCCUGGGGAAAAAAAAAGCGAUAAAAUAUAUGUUCCUACGUCACUGUGGACUGCUGGAUGUUGUAUUGAUUCUUCUACUAAUUACGCUAGGAAAAGUUUUGCAGUGAUCGGCAACAAUGUCAAAGAACGAGGUGAAAUGCAUACGCAACAAAUUAAAGUUAAAAUCCUCCAAAAGAUUAUGGAGCAGGACCCCUACAGCGGUAAAGAAGUCAAUCUAUAUCCUAACAAUCCAGGCUGUUUAAAGAAAAACUUAGCAAAGUUACCCGAGUAUGUUAAAGGAGAUCCAAAGGAAAAAGAAGAGGAAGAAGAAGAAGAAGAGAAAAAAGUAGGAAGAAGAAAGAAGAUAAAAAAGACAAAAAAGAAAAAAAGUACAAAAACGAUAAAGACGAAGACAGGAAGGAAAAAAAAAUGGGGUCGGAGUAAUGUUAUGCAUCUGAAGAAUUUGAACAAAGAGAAGUGAUUUUUUAACAAUUACUGGAGAAUAUUGGCCCUCAUUCGUUUUCGUAUGACCUCGGCCAAUAUUCCCCAUCACGGCCCUAACAUUCGGUCAGUAAGAAGUUAAUAUUUACCGAACCUGGGGUGAAUAAUUGUUUCAGUAUAAUUGUUCAAGUAAUUUGAUCAGAAAGAAAUAUUCCAUAUAUCCUUUUCCCUUGCUUAUAAUUUGUCGCGCAUCAAAGAAAAGAUACAAGAACCUUCGACUUGUGUCGAGAGGGUCUGGUUACGAUACAUUUGCAAUUAUAAUACAGUUUCUUUGAUUUACCAUGCAGGCCCAAGAUAAUUAUUUUUACUUUAUUUUUGUGAGUAUCACUUUCCUCUCUUAAUUAAGCAUAAGUUUCCAGAAUUUCAAUAAUUAUUCUCUAUUUCAAGAUAUAAAGAGUGUGAGAUAUCUAAUAAAAGCCAUAGAAAAUUUAGUGACAUUUAGGAACCAUCAUAUAUCGUCAGGAGUGGGGUCGUUCGAAGAAUUUAAUGGGGAUCAGAUGGUUUUCAAUGGGAAUGAAGGGGAGAUUGCCAACAGAGUAUAGAAGGACGGGGGGGGGGAACUAUAGAAAAAUAUACUACUAAUUAACUGCCGCUGAUGGGGCAGAGCCUUAUGGGGGAUGAGGUAAAUUUUAACGUCUCGCAAUCAAAAUUCUCGCCCUUCCCCCCGCCCCUCUCGUCUAUAACCGAUUACUGGUCCUUUAGCCAGAAGUAAUGACCUCUGCUACACUGUAAUUUGACAAAAAUUCUUCUAUAUUUUUACAGAAAACAGGUAAACUUGACCUUCUUUCCUCUUUUUAGAGGAACCUUGUUCUUUAGAAUGGAAGGGCUCAUCAGCUUAUGG